AUCAAACCUAGAUUUUAGUGAAUAACAAUUGUGAUCGUGACAUAUUGGACUCAACAAGAGCACAGAGAAGGGAAAAAAAAAAACAGAAAAAUAUACGAUAACAUUUAUUCUUAAACGAGAAUUCAGCACCACGGCUGUACAGAAAAAGGUCAUCUUUGACGCAAAGUAUCAUCGGAAAUACAUGACUACCAGGUAGAUGGUUAUUAUGUGAAGCGUCGAUUCUUCCCUGUGAACGUUGGUUUAUAAUUAUAUUACACAACAACGGCAGAUAAGGGGGAAAAUGCCAAAAUGGGAUCAUCCUCGGGAAAACUGCUUAAUUGCAUGCCUCAUGUUACUUUUGGGGGUUUGUCCGGUUACCCUGUCAAACAGAUUGCGUUUGUCUGUAGAGGAGGGACAACCCCCGGAGACUGUUGUGGGGGAUAUCAGCGUUGCCUUACCCAGUGAGGCAUCAACUGGUGGCUACUUCAUCUCGGAAGGCGAAGAGUCGGUUGUUCUCCGCGACCUGAAAGUGGACGGGGUCAGCGGGGUUAUAAAGACAGCCAGAGUGCUGGACCGAGAGACCAGGGACCGCUACCAGUUCGUGGCGGUGACCGUGAGCGGGCACAUGGUGACGGUGGAGAUCACGGUCACGGACAUCAAUGACCAUAGCCCGGUCUUCCCGAGGGAUACGGUGCAGCUCAACAUCUCGGAGCUGACCCCGAACGGGACACGGUUUCGGCUGGAGCCAGCCUGGGACCCAGACACGGGCAUCUUCAGCGUGCAGAGCUACGCGAUCACGGCGGGGAACCCGGGGCUCUUUCAGCUGCGGCCCGGUAACGGACUCACCCGGGUCGAGCUGGUGCUGGGCGGCCUCUUGGACCGGGAGAACAGGGAGUAUUACUCACUCACUGUGCAGGCUUCCGACGGGGGCACUCCGCCGAGGACGGGCACCAUGCAGCUGGUUGUCCGAGUGCUGGACGAGAACGACAACCCGCCCCGCUUCGAGCGGACCGAGUAUGAAGCGUGGGUCCGGGAGGACGCGGUACCGGGGACCCGGAUUAUCCGGCUGCAGGCCAGCGACCCGGACCAGGGCACCAACGGCUUCGUCACGUACGAGAUCGACCGCAGGCGCAGCGGGCCGAGCGGCCGGUUCGCCAUCGAGAGCCGGAGCGGCGAGGUGCGGCUCCGCGGGCCACUCGACCGGGAGCGGCGGCCCCGCUACCAGCUGGUGAUCCGGGCCUGCGACCACGGCUCCCCAGCCGGCCUAGGCAGCGCCUUUCUGUCGGUGAGGCUGCUCGACGUCAACGACAACCGGCCGUCCAUCAGCAUCGUGUACCUGAGCCCGAGUGGCCGGGCCGAGGUAUCGGAGGGAGCGGCCCCUGGGCAGCCGGUGGCCAGGGUUUCGGUGGGUGACCCGGACCUGGGAGAAGGCGGCGAGCUGCGGGUCUGGCUCCACGACGACAUCGAGGGGCCGAGCGGCGGUGGCAGUUUCGAGCUGCGACACACCCCGCUCGCCUCCAUCUUCCUGCUGAGCGUCAACCGUCGCCUGGACCGCGAGCGCCGCCGCGCGCACCACCUCACCGUGCUCGCCUCCGACUCCGCGCGCCCGCCGCUAACCUCGCGGUGCUCGCUGCAGUUGCACGUGGCCGACGUCAACGACAACGCACCCGCCUUCGAGCGCGAGGUGUACGAGGCCCAUGUGGCCGAGGGCCCACUUCCCGCCAGCAUCCGGGCCCCGCUGCUGCAGGUAAGCGCGCGGGACCCGGAUGCCGGCGCCAACGGCACGGUCAGGUACGCCAUCUUGGCGGAGGGAGCGCCGCCUGUUAGGGUCGACCCGCUGACGGGCUGGAUCAGCGCCGCCGCGUGCCUGGAUCGCGAGAGCCACGAGGUGAUCCGCCUCUCGGUGGUCGCCCGGGAUCUCGGUGAGCCGCCCCUCUCCUCCACCGUCAGUGUCCUGCUGCACGUCGACGAUGUGAACGACAACGAACCGGCCUUCGAGCAGCAGCUUUACACCGCUACCGUGCGGGAGCACACGGAGCCCGGCACCUGCUUCCUUCAGGUUAAUGCAAGAGAUGCAGAUGCUGGUCUUUUUGGUACUAUCCAUUAUUUUCUUUAUGAUGAUGUUAACAACUAUGAGAAGUCACAUCUCUUUACCAUUGACUCCUCUUCUGGUCAAAUCUGUACAACCCAGAAUAUGGAUAGAGAUAAUGGACCUCCAAGUUAUGAUCUGUUAGUGAUUGCUGAGGAUGGGGGUGGUUUGAGUGCUCAAUCAUUUAUCCACUUAGAUCUACAAGACAUUAACGAUAACCAACCAUUAUUCAACCCAUUGACUUAUGUAACCAGUAUCAGCAGCCAUACACAGCCAGGAACAGAGAUUACAAAUGUGAUGGCCUCUGACAGGGAUUCUGGAGUCAAUGGAAAGGUGUCAUAUGAACUUCUAACUGGAAACUUCUCUUCUUUGUUCUCUGUAGACUCCUCGACAGGUGCAGUGUAUUUAACUUCUACCUUCAGUCACCUACAGGUUUCUGAUGUGCAGUUGAAAAUUUCUGCACGUGAUGGUGGCAAUUUGACUUCGUCUCUGAAUGCAACUGUAACUGUCCACAUUCUUCAAAGUUCUGUAGCUCCAACAGUGUUUGAGCAGUCGUCUUAUUCUUUUACCAUACUAGAAAGUGUCCCUAUAGGAAGUGCUGUUGGAAGAGUACAGGUUGCAAGUAUCCAAGAUUCUCUAGAACUGAAGUACAGAAUUUCCUCUGGUGAUCCAAAUGGCUAUUUUUCUAUUGAAUCUAAAUCUGGUCUCAUCAGAAGUAAUAAGCAGUUAGAUCAUGAAGCCCAACCUUUUGUGAUGCUUACUAUUGAGUCUCAAACUAGCAGCUCUCCUGUCUACAGUUAUGUACAGGUCAACAUAACAAUUAUUGAUGUCAAUGAUAAUGCACCAGCUUUCCAUCAAGAAUCUGAAAUUAUUACUAUUUCAAAAAAUACCUUGCCAGGAACAGUCCUCUACAUUGCUCAUGCUGAAGAUAAAGACAGUGGAUUAAAUGGAAUAAUCAUGUACAGUCUACAGAAUGACUAUGAACAAACUUUUAGCAUUGAUUACGUACAUGGAACACUUUAUCUGAACAGGACUGUUUUCUCAAAGAAAAAACAAUACAGUAUACAUAUUCUAGCAAGUGACCAUGGAGCCCAACCUCUGAGCACUGUGUUCAUGUUAUUAGUAAAUGUUGACCAUUUGGAUGGUAAUUUGACAUUUGAAACAUUAAUUUAUGAAGUUGAAGUCAGUGAGGCUGCGCCAUUUAAUAUGAGAAUUUUACAAGUUCAUGCUCACAUGCAGGAUUCUAAGGUGGCCUCAGGCUUGGUUUACUCACUUCAGCAAAACUUGGAUUCAUUAACAUUUGGCAUCCAUGCUGCUAGUGGCUGGAUUUACAUUCAUAAAGCUCUGGACUAUGAAAAGAAGCAUAGCUAUAGCUUUAAAGUGUUUGCCACAAAUCCAAAGGAGCACUUAAAACAAAGUGCUAUUGCAUCUGUAAUCGUUAAUGUUAUGGAUGAAAAUGAUAAUCCUCCUCUUUUCACACAAAAUUUGUACUUUUUCACAAUUGAAGAAAGCCCCAUUCCUCAGGGCCUGGUUGGAAAAGUGCAAGCAACAGAUCAGGAUUCAGGAAAAAAUUCUCACUUAUCAUUUAUACUAUUAUCUGAUGGAAAAUUCUUCAGACUGAAUUCAAAAACAGGCGAAAUUAUUAACUGGGUUGCAUUAGAUCGGGAGCAGCAUAUUCACCACCAGUUAUCUGUACUCGUUACUGAUCAUGGUGUGCCUCGACAAAAUGCCUCCACUACUAUUUAUAUCACAGUCUCUGACAUUAAUGAUAAUAGACCACUAUUUUCUUACCCUGGACCUAGCCGUGAAUUCUUUAUCAAGGUUUUGGUCGCUCAACCUGAAGGCACAUUUUUGACUACCUUAAUUGCUAAGGAUCCAGAUGUUGGAAAAAAUGGUACUGUUUCUUUUUCUAUAUUAGAAAAUUAUUCAAAUAGCUUCAAAAUUGAUGCCAAAACUGGAGAACUGAGAACGGCCAAGGUUUUCAUGUACAAUUAUAUAUCACAUCAUAAAAUUGUAGUGAUGGCAAGUGAUGCAGGAAGCCCUCCUCUUCACCAGAUUGCAGAAAUUAACAUACAGGUUAUCCCUAGAGUCAUAGAAAAACUGACCAUUCACAAUAACCAAAGAUAUUUUACCAUACCUGAAGGUUUAAGGCCUGGAAACGUUGUGGGUUCCAUCAGUUCCUAUGAUCAUCAUUUGCUGACCAGCCAGAGAAUACAUUACUACAUUGAUGAAGAUGAUGACCACUUUCCAUUUGAAGUUGACAGAAUGACAGGAGAAUUGUAUCAAAGCAAUGAACUAGACUAUGAAGAAAUUCCUCAUUAUUUGCUAAAGGUUAUCGAAGAAGAUAAUAGCCACAUCCUUUCAAGGAACAUUUCUAUUUUUGUCAGUAUUAAAAUAGAAGACCAAAAUGAUCACUCACCAUGGUUUAAAGAUGAUGUUGUUGUGAUUGGAAUUGAAGAAAAUCUUCCAGUCGGUUCUCUUGUUCACAUAUUUAAUGCAAAAGAUGAUGAUGGAAGUAGACCAAAUAGUGAGCUCCGAUAUUCUGUUAUGUCCUGGAGUUCCACGGAAAAUCCUUUUUACAUUGAUCCCUAUCAAGGUUGCUUAAAUACAACAUUGCCAGUUGACCAUGAAAUGACCAAAACAUUUCUUCUAACAAUAACAGCAAUGGAUCAAGCAUUAAAUGUAAAUGAACGCAAGGUAGGCUCUGUGACAGCUCAGAUUAUUGUCUUGGAUGUAAAUGAUAACAAACCUAUAUUUUUAUCAGAAAAUGUUUCCUAUGUAAUGGAAGAUGAGGAAGUGGGGUAUCUGGUCCAUCAUAUUAUUGCAUAUGACGCAGAUGCAGGUGAAAGUGGAAGAAUUUUAUAUGCUAUCAUCUCAGGGAAUGAAGACAACACUUUCAAACUUGAUGAAUCAUCAGGUUUGCUGACAUUGGUCUCCCAUUUAGACCAUGAAAUACAAAAAUCCUAUACCCUCACAAUUUCAGGAUGGGACAAUGGAUUUCCUAUUCAGUCCUCAACACAGAUUCUGAUGGUGGUUGUUGUUGACAUCAAUGAUGAAGCACCAAAGUUCCAAGAUUCUGUCUAUGAAAUUGGAGUCCCUGAAAAUCUUAAUGUGGAUGCAUAUGUUGUCAAGGUUGAAGCUUUCGAUGGAGAUUCAGAUCUAAAUUCUGCACUCAUUUAUGAGAUUUUACCAGGAUCUGGAUAUGAUGCAUUCAAAAUAAACCCUCAGACUGGCAUCAUCACCACAACACAAGUACUGGAUAGAGAAAUACAAGAAUAUUUUGUGAUUAAAGUUUUGGUCCGAGACAGUGGGACCCCAUCUCUAUCUGACACAAGUACAGUCAUGGUGACUGUGCUGGAUGAAAAUGACCACCAGCCUGAAUUCAUGCCUCAUUUACAUGAGCUGCAUAUUUCAGAGAAUAUGGAUCCAGGAAUAAUUUAUGCACUCACAGCUUUGGACAAGGAUGCUGGGAAAAAUGGACUUGUUAGAUAUGAAAUCAUCGGUGGUAAUUUUACCAAUACAUUCAAAAUUGAUUCUGUUUCUGGAACACUUGCUACAAUUAAAGGUUUGGACAGAGAAGAAUUUAAUAAUUGUUCCCUUACCAUAGAAGCUCAUGACCUUGGUAAUCCACAAAGAACCUCUCAGGCAGAAAUUUGGAUUAUUAUCUUGGACGAAAAUGAUAAUAGUCCAGUGUUUAAAAAAAUGUAUUACCAUAUUAUUGUGAACGAAGAUGUUCCUGUUGGGUCAAGUGUUUAUCAGCUGAUUGCUAGUGACAAGGAUGAUGGCUUCAAUGGAGAAAUUGCAUACUCUCUAAUUGAUGAUACAUUUGGAGCAUUUACUAUUAACAGUAAUACUGGCAUCAUCGUGACAACAAAUCAAUUGGAUAGAGAGACUAAGUCACAAUAUGCCUUCCGAGCAAUGGCAAAUGAUAACAGCAUUCAAAAUCCAAGAAGUACUACAGUUAACGUAAUGAUACUUAUUGAAGAUGCAAAUGACAAUUUCCCUAUUUUUAAACAAAAUCCAAUCAUUGCAUACAUUACUGUGAACACUCAGAUCAGCCAAGUUAUUGCCACUGUGAAAGCUGACGAUAAGGACUUGGGACAAAACGGCACUGUCACUUUCCAGAUUUUGGAACAUGAUUCAUUAUUUGCAGUGAAUAAUACAACGGGUGACAUUUACCCUAAAACAUCACCAUCUGAGCGUCACUUUGGCAGAAAUAAUUUGUCCGUGGUUGCAGUAGACCAGGGUAACCCAGUUAGAUUGUCAACUGGGCUUGUGCUUAUACAUUGGCAAGUAGAAAAAGGAAGAACUUGGUUUAGUCGUAAUAUAUAUGAGAUUACAGUUGCUGAAAACAUCAAACCCGGCACGCUGGUAUUGACUGUCACAAAUCAAGACUACCACACAAAUGGAGUUACUUACAGCAUUUUUAGUGGGAAUGAAAAUGAAGCAUUCCACAUAGAUUCAAAAACUGGUGAGAUUGUGGUAAAUGAUUCCAAAUUUCUGGAUUAUGAAGUCAGAACCAAGAUGCAUUUGGUAUUGUUGGCAAAGAAUAAUCGUCAGACAGCAUAUAGCCAGUUAACUAUUUUAAUUGAAGAUGUAAAUGAUAACCAACCACAUUUUCAACAAAAUUAUUAUAAGACAUCAAUAUGGGAGGGCCAAACACGUAACACAUAUGUCAUGCAGGUUUUUGCAUCUGAUUCUGACCAUGGGCUUAAUGGCCAAAUUGAAUAUUCCAUAAUAUCUGGAAAUGAAAACAAGGCUUUUGUUAUUGAUUCAGCUCGAGGAAUUAUUACAACAAAUGCUGUUUUAGAUCGAGAAGUAAUUUCCUCCUACAGAUUAGUUCUCCAAGCAGCUGAUCGAGGAAGCCCCAGGCUUUCAAUAACUGCCAUUGUUGGAAUUCAGGUUCUGGAUGUUAAUGAUAAUGCUCCAAGUAUUCCUCCACUGAAAGCUGUGCAGAUUUUUGAAAAUCUCCAAGCUGGUUAUGUUGUCACACAGAUUUUGGCAAGUGAUCUGGAUCUAAAUCCCGUUCUUUCCUAUAAUUUUACUAAGAAUGGUAAUCCAGAAGGUAAAUUUGCUAUUGACUGCAACACUGGAGCCAUUAUUUUGACUGAGCCUUUGGACUAUGAGAAACAGUCUGAAUACUUGGUGAAAAUCAAGAUUUCUGAUUCAGUGCAUGAAACUGAAGCAGCUCUUGGAGUUUAUGUAAUGGAUUUAAAUGACAAUUCACCUGUCUUCUCUCAAGAAUCAUAUCAGAUUGUAUUCCCUGAACUCUCGCCAGUCAAUACCUACAUUCUGACUGUAUCGGCCACAGAUAAAGACACAGGAGUGAAUGGAAAAGUUUCCUAUAGAAUCCUUCCAGGAACUUCUACAGAGUUUUAUAUUAAUGCUGAAAGUGGUGCACUAUUUACCAGGAGGACUGUACACUACACAAGUUAUAACUCUGUCGUGCAACUUCUUGUCGAGGCUAAAGAUGAUGGAAACCCUGCAUUGAAAAGCAUUACAUCAGUGGAAAUACGAAUUCAGGAUAUCAAUAACCAUAUUCCCCAGUUUAACCAAGCAGUUUAUAAUAUUAGUGUUAAUGAAGAGGCAGCAACAGGAAUUAUUCUGUUAUUGUUUUCAACACUAGAUCAAGAUUGGACACGUAAGAAUGCUUAUGUUGACUAUAUUAUUAUUGGAGGCAAUGAACAAAACAAAUUCCACAUUGAGAACACUGUAAUUAAAAGAGAGAAUCAGUAUAGUGUGGUAGGCAAGCUGUUAUUAAAGAAUGUAUUAGACAGAGAACUUACUGACAGCUAUCAUUUGGUUGUGUGUGCAUCUGAUCGAGGAAACCCAUCACUUAGUUCAACUACAAUUGUAUCAAUAACUGUGCUUGAUUUCAAUGAUAAUCCUCCAGUUUUCAACAGCUUGGACUACCAUAUUGAAGUUCUAGAAAGCACCCCUGUGAAAAAUCAACUUAUUCAAGUCUCAGCCUAUGAUCAAGACCAGGGAGCAAAUGCAGAUAUUAGGUACAAUAUAAUAUCUGGAAAUGAAAAAGAAUAUUUUAGAUUGGAUCAUAAAACGGGUUUUGUAGAAUUAAAAUUACCUCUUGACUAUGAACAAGUGUCAAAAUUCAUGUUAACUAUCCAAGCAAUUGAUGGUAGUGUUACUAAUCAAAAAAUGGCUAUUUCAAUCCUUUAUAUUAAUGUAUUGGAUGACAAUGAUAAUGUUCCUUAUUUUGUAUUUCCUACACUGAACUGCGCAGUCAAUGAAAAUGAGCCUAUCUACACGUCAGUGUGUGCAGUUCAUGCUUUUGAUAAUGAUGAUGGUGCCUUCGGUUAUUUGACAUAUUCUAUCCUGACAUUGCCUUUAACUGACUAUUCAAUGUAUACUAGUUGGAAUAAUUUUAUUAUUGAUCCAGUUACUGGUGAUAUAUACACCAAACAGCUGAUUGAUUAUGAGCAACAAAAAAAAUGUAUAUUUGUAGUCCAGGCUAAGGAUAAAGGUAAUGCAUCAGCAACUGCGACAAUUCAAGUGCAUAUUCAAAGUAUUGAUGAAUAUGAACCCACUUUUACCCAAGAUCGGUACUAUUUCACUCUCCCUAACCUUGUGGAGGUAGGUCAAAAAACUGGCCAAGUUACUGCUGUCGAUAAAGAUGCUGGACUUGAUGGAAUUGUGCAGUUCUCAUUUCUAAAGCCCUCUCCUUACUUUUCGCUGAACCAAACAAGUGGAGUUAUUUAUGUUUCUGGUUCUAUUCACAAUAUUAGAGGCAGUUACAAGGGAGAAGAGGUAAUUGAUUUGGUGAUUAAAGCUAGUAGUCCUUUAAUGGGCUCCAAAUCAGCCAUUAGUACUGUUGCUAUUAACAUCUCUCAAUCAUUGGAUGCCUUGAUAGGUAAGUCAACUGACCACCUCACUUUAAGUCUCUCUGUCUCUUUUGUCAUUUUCUUGCUCCUUUCUGUGUGCUGUGGUGGUCUAGUGUAUAGAUAUAAAGCAAAAGAUAAAAAUAAUUCAAGUUUUGGAAAACAGAAUAUAAAGCUUCCAAUAAUAUCCACAAUUAUCAAUCAUCUGAAUCAUCCAGUAGUAUCAUCAGGUCAUCAGAAAGUGAAUGAUAAGCAGCGAGGAAAGACACCUGUUAAUUCACCAGAACAGCUGAGCUUAGUGGACAUUCCUGUAAAGACAAAGUCAUUUAGUUCUUCCAGGCAAUGUAUUGCAGAUGGGCAAACUGCUGAAGACAGGGAAAUUAUGAUGUUCAGUGCAAAUCAGCACAGUAGAAAUCAAGUUCCAGAAUCAAGUAAACCUGGCUGGACAUACAGUGUUCCAGAUUCAGAGCACACCAAGGAAUCAUACUGCUUAUCUUGUCAGUUGUGUCAAAACAAUACCACUGAUGCGGUCAUCAAUAGAGAGAGUGUAGGUAGCAUUUAUAAUUUUAAGGACAUAAGGGAAGAGGAAGGGUUCAAUGUGGAUUUUAUUGAUGAUGAUGUUUCAAGGAAUAUUCAGAAUCCAAGUAUUAAGAAAAAUAGUGUCAUGAUGGACAAUGCUAAGAAUCACAUUUUUAUCAUGGAUGGGCGGACUUCAUUGAUAGAAUCCCUUAAUUCACUUGUUCCCAUACAAGACCAAAUACAAAACAGCUACAAUUAUGAUUACGUACUUACCUGGAAACCUGGGUUCCAACCUUUGGCCUCAGCCUUUACUGAGAUUGCAAAACUGAAAGAUGAAAAUGUACUAAAGCCUGUUAUUAAAAAUGAAUCCAAAUCUACUCUCCCACCCCCACUGAUAACAUCAAUUGCACAGCAAGGCAUUAGGGUUGUCCCUCCGCAAAUGCCAAUAGUAAAAUUCAAUCCAUCAACUCUGAAAUAUUCAAGCUUACCUGUUGCUACUAAUACAUACAGUUCUACUUCAGCGAUUACAUCAAAUUUCUCUCCAUCUGUUUCUGUGCAAACUCCUUCAGCUUCUACUGGUUUAAGUUCAGGGAUACCUGAACUUACCCUAAGGCAAUCCUCACACAAGCAAAAACUAGAAGAGAAUACUGAUGUGAUUACACUGUCAAAUUGAGUAUAGAUAUGUGAAAUAACAUUUAAUUUCUCUACAUGAAGCAUUAUCAUACCUACGUCAGAAAGAGAAGAUUUAAAUUGGUAGGAAUUGCAGAGGUAAAUUGCUAAAUAAUUAUUUUAUAAAGUAAUUUCAUUCACUGAGCAUUGUAUCUAUUUUAACUGUUGUAUCAAAGUUUGCCAAGAAGCAAACAAAAUAAUACAAAUUAUAUUGCAAUUUCAUUGCUAUAAAAUGGUCACACAGUUGUUGCAAUUAACUGAAAGUGUAUUUAUAUAAUUUGCUUUUUUACAAUAUAUGCAUACAAUACAUUACCGUGCAGAGCAAUAAAACUUUCAACCAAGUCUGUGAUACCAAAUUGGUAGUACU